CUACGAACGAGCUUGCAAUGCAAUACAGAACAUAGCUUGCCAUGCGAUCAUUUCACCAGUCUUUGCAAGUAUGGCUCAUAGGGUUCCCGGCAUAUCUUGCGGCUACAGUGCUGGCGGCAAGGGCGCCUUUGGAGCCAUUCCAAGGAAUGUUAUUUGGCGGUUGGUUAGAUACCACGCCAAAUCAAGAUACUCCACUCGCUUUCAACCAACGUCUGAACUACACUAGUACUCUCUUCCAGAUGGCCCUCGAGAUCCCGCUGGCAUCCGCCGAGCUGCCGCCCGUGACACUCCUCGACGCAACCGGCUCGAACCCCGUUCUCCUACUCACAGUGUCCCCGAGGUUCAACAGCAGUUUCUCUCGAACCGGCAAUGAAGCAUUUGAUCAGCUGGCGGAUCCGAAGUACAUCGCGGAGUUUGCAGAUCUGAUCGCCGGAUAUGUCCAGGAUGGACGACGGGUGUUGCUGAGGAUUGCGUCUGAAAUGAAUGGAAGCUGGUACGCCUGGGGUCAACGACCGCUGCGGUACGUUGCGCUCUGGCGCCGGAUCGUGACAUCGGUCCGGUCUCGCUUGAGCGCCUUAGGCGGGACCGCAGGAAGCUCCGUGGCAUUUCUGUGGUCGCCCAAUGCAGCAGCCAACUACCCGUACUACGGCGGAGCGUAUACACCAUUCACAGAUUCCGACGGGCCGUUAAGGAGGAAUGCUAGCAACGAUGUGGCGGAGUUUGAUCAGUUGGACACCAACGCGGACGGGGAACUGGACGAAAAUGACGAUCCAUUCUCUCCGUACUGGCCUGGCACAGAGUACGUCGACUGGGUGGGAAUGAGUGUUUACUACUUCGGAAGAGACUGGCCAUGGGUCCACAAUGACCUUCCGCCGACGGACUUCGUAACCCGCAUCGUUGAUGGUGUUGGCGAUGGCGAUGGAAAAACAACAGCUACGCAAAGGGCGAACUUCUACCUCACAUAUUCCAGUGACUUGGGUAUAAAUAGGAAGCCGAUGAUUUUCUCCGAGACUGCAUCGGCCUUCCAUGUGCGACUUUUGAGUGGUGCAAACACCACUGUGGAUCCAGGGCCGGGCGAGCUAGGCCUCAAAGGAGCCUUAUGGAGACAGUACAUCACCAAUAGCACCUUUCUAACUCUGCAUCCCAAGAUCCGAGGCGUGUGCCUGUUCGAAUAUGCCAAACCAGAGGAAGACACAUUCCGAGACUACCGAGUUACUUGGAAAAGCGAUGUGCUGGCUGCGUUCAAGGAGGAUUUGGAUGCUGUUAGGGCAGCGCAUUAUGAUCUGGCCGCGGAAGUUAUUGCUUCUCCCGCGAUUACCUCUACUACGACAACCACCAAAACUUUCAUAGCAAGCACGUCGACGGGCCCCGCGGGCAGCAAAAACACAAGCGCUCCUGGCGGUCCAACUUCCUCGGGAAUCAAGCCGUUUGGUCACUUGUUGUUACCGCUUCCAACCUUGAUGAUCGUUCUGCUGUGUACAUUGAUCCUCUUCCGCUAGUACAAUGAGGUUCACGCUCAAUUCCCUGCUGUGCAUGCAUUUCCGCAGCGGUUCCAAUGCCGCACAGUGCCGCACAGUGCCGCGGGAGGGAACUUUCAAAUUCAUGAAGCAG